GUUGAUCCGGCUUUGAAAGAAAAAUUAAAACACAACACUGUGACACUGGAAUCUGAAUAUGAGAAGCUGGACAAGUCUGACUUGGAUAACUGGGAGAACAUCAGAGGACCCAGUCUGUGGGAAGAUUCCAGGACUGUUCAGAGACAACGACGGGAGGCUCUACGUCUCAAGACCGAGUGA